AAUAAACUUCCUGUUGGGAAACGUGAUUAUAAAACAUGGUCCUAGAACAUUAAGUCUUUGAACACUGAAAAUGUUUCGUUGCUGCAUAUUGCGUGUUCCAGCUGUAACUCGUUCUUCAAACACACCGUUCUUAGUUGCACCACAGCUUCGAAAUGCAAUAAAACAGCCCAGCUAUGGAACUUGCAGGUUUUCUACCCUGAUGUCAAAACAAUGCAGAUCGUUAAGACAGAGUACACAGUUAAGCACUCUUCAGUUUCUAAGGAGAACUGGAACAUCCUCUGUGAACAGUACAGUAAAGCAGGGUCUAGCUGAUGGACUGUCAGACAGGGCAAGGAAGGCAGUGGGAUGGUGGUUGUUUGGGUGUGCUGGCAUGUGUUUUGGAGCUGUGGCACUGGGAGGGGUCACCAGGCUCACAGAAUCUGGUCUGUCCAUGGUUGACUGGAAGUUGUUUGGACGGCCACCGCCACGGUCCUCUGCUGAGUGGGAAGAAGAGUUCAACAAAUACAAGGCAUUUCCAGAGUAUCAGUACCAUGUUGCAGAGAAAGGGGAAAUGUCUCUUGGUGAGUUCAAAUUUAUCUGGUUGAUGGAGUACACACACCGUAUGUGGGGGAGAACCAUAGGUGUGGUGUUCUUAUUGCCUGCAAUCUUCUUCUGGAGUAAAGGCUGGAUCACAAAACCCAUGAAACCCAGGAUAGGGAUAUAUGGUGGACUGCUGCUGUUCCAGGGUCUGCUGGGUUGGUACAUGGUGAAGAGUGGACUGAAGGAAAAGAAAGAUCCAAACUGGAUCCCAAGAGUUAGCCAGUACAGACUUGCUUCACAUCUGGGGUCAGCCUUCAUCCUGUAUUCACUGUUUCUGUGGGGAUCCCUGUCUCAUCUACUUACUCCUCAGAUGGUGUCGGGUGCUAUUCCAGGUCUUAGAAAGCUGCAAGGACUGGCCCAUGCAAAUUUAGCUUUAAUUUUUCUCACAGCAAUGUCAGGGGCUUUUGUGGCUGGUUUGGAUGCAGGACUUGUGUACAAUUCUUGGCCAAAGAUGGCUGACAAAUGGAUACCAGAUGAUAUUUUGGCUCAAAGUCCAAAAUGGAAGAACAUUUUUGAAAAUGCAACCACAGUUCAGUUUAACCACAGGCACUUGGGAGAGCUAACUGCCACUAGCAUCACGUUGUUUUGGUUGAUGAGCAGAAAGGUCCCCCUUCCACCCAGAGCAAGACUGGCAAUGAAUGCAUUGUUUGGAAUGGCCAUGAUACAGGUAGAUCUAAGAAUUACCACUAUUCUGACCUAUGCCAAGUAUACCUACUACAUGUACCAGUGUAUAUAUCCUNAAAAACAGCCUAUUUCUCAUAUGCUAUUUUAA